AUGCCAAAAAUUGAGUAUAUUGGUCGUCCAUCUUUACACUUCUACGGCAAGCUCCUGUCAGAAAUAGCCAAAAACCUUAAAAACCGCGCCAAGGGUAGAGUAGUAAUAAAGGAAACUGAAACAGCAGAAUUCAAGGAGCCAUGCUAUUACAUUUUAAAAAAUGUUGUUCCACUUAUGUCUGAUAAAUCUGAUGUUAGAUGUAGAGCAUGGGGUAUACGGGUAUUCCGUGGCCGAAAUCUUGGCUAUUGUCUCCUACCGAAUACACAUGAACCAGAUUGGCGUCUUCUAUCACCUAGUGAAGCUGAACGUCUAACGUCCAUGUCAACAAAAACUGAUUUGGUCGCUCCGGAUGUUCCAGUUAGCUGCGUUGCUCAAGCUCCCCCUUUAUUGACAAUAUUUUUACGAAGAAAAAAUGUACUUCCACCACAAGUAGUGGAAGAAGCUGAAAAAUCUACUUACUCUUUAGAUAUACAACAAUCAAUGAGAGAAGCUAGUGGUUUAUUAUUGUUAACACCUCACCGCUAUGAUCCGACAAGUUUCAAAGUUCCUAUUGAACCGACUUCCGAGGAAAAAUCACGUAUGUAUCCUCCAUAUGAAUGGUCAGGUAAAAAAGGAUUAAUUAUAAAGCCAAAUUUGGAUCGAGAUUCUUAUUUAAUUCGUCGAUCUGAUACACCUGGAUUGUAUUGGCGUGUUCAUCUAGCGAAAUCUUCCAAAACAGAACAAGAUAGUGAGACAGUUUCAUAG